CAUCCUACUCCAGGUCACCGUAGCGACCGACCUGUGGCUGAGCCCGAGACCGUAUUUUCUGGUGCACCUGGGCUGCCUACUCAGCAACCGGUGCCACCACCCGGCGAUUUUUCCAAUCCAAGACCUCCACACCGGCCUACUGUUCCUGUUGUGCCAAUCGACUUGCACGGAAGACCUCCAAGCGCACCUGCUAACCUUGAACCCAGUGACGACAUUCGCGAGCCUCAAACCUGGUACCGUCCCCCAAGAUCACAGGGCUUAGUACGUCGUUCAACGGAUUUGAUUUCAAGAUGUAACUUUGGUAAUUCUGCAGGGCAUGCCUCCUCCGCCUGUUAUCCCUGGUCAACAAGGUGGUUGCCAAUACGUGCCAAUGCCUCCGGGACCAACCGUAGUGCAAUUACCAUUCUUUGACACAUUGAUGAACAUCCUUCGGGAACAUCGUCUCGCCCAACUUGCGACGGUGGACCAACAGCGAGAAUUGAUGACGUACAUGAGAGGCCUGAAUGAACGGCUUGAAAGGGACAUGCAGGACCGUCAAGCAGAAUUACGGGGGGUGACCGCUCGUGUUGAUGAGCUCAGAAAUGAUCUUGCACGACUAGGAUUAGGGAUGCAGCCCGGCGUGCAACCACUAGGUGUCAUUUCCACCUAUGAUGGUUCUCCUCAGUCGGGUCGAUAUACUCCUUCCAUACCCGAUGAACCCCCACUGCGCUGGCCGCAGGGCAUGCCAGAACCUCAUCAUUACCCUCCAGGUGCGCAAGGACCAGUACUCCCUGGUGGUUAUGAUGGUUAUCCCCAACUACAAAAUGGCGAUCGCGAUGCUGUGCUCUCCACGAGACCAUUGCCAGCACAUACAAUCGUAGUUCAACAGAGUGAUGCUGAAGGGAGUGAGACUAGUACGGAUACCCAACAGACCUAUGCGCAUCCCAACGUACACCAUGUACAACACCCUCCGGAGGAUCACAUGGCACCAGGGCAUCAGCAAGAUAUCCCUGACGUAGUACAUUCCGGGGAGCAUAUACACAGCCAUGGAAGCCCUCGGCCCCAGGAUAUCAACAUCAAUGUGCGUCCACAACCGACUCCACCCCCUCAAGUGGGUAUGACAGAUCAGCCUGCGCCAAUACAGCCGGGGCCUCCAUAUGGAUUCGCAGGGAUACCACCGUCACCCAUGUUUGGAGGGCCUGGUCCCGGACCCGUGAUAAUUCACCCACCUUUUGAGCCAGCACCCAGACCCAGGUCCAGGUCCAGGUCCAGGUCCAGAUCUAGUUCCGGGAGAGGAGGCCCAGUGGUCAUACAACAAAGCCCUCCGCCUGGCCCUGUCGUAUUACAAUUGCCGCCCGGGGAACAGGUCGCCAGAUCUCCCACUCGCCAAGAAUUUGGUGUUCCUUCAGGUGGCGGCCCUGGCGGUCCAGUAGAGGGGUUACCUGGUAGCGUGGGACACGUCGAUCGUUCACGAUCUCGGUCUCGGUCACCUCGUAGAGGGUACCGCGAUAGAUAUCCUCCAUACGACGAUCCUUACUCUCCUGAUUAUGAUUACCCAAGACAUUCGGAUGACCGUCGACACCGAUACUACUCGCAUGAACAUGGCCCCCAUCGCCGUUUUUAUGCCAACUACUCUCCCCCACGGAGAGGGCCUCGUGAUCAUCACUCGCGAUCGCCAUCACGAGGAGGAGGCGAGAGGCAUAGAGAUGAUGAUCGCUGCCACUGCCGUGGACGCCCCCGUUCACUCUCUCCCACACGUUCGGAAGGAAGAGACCCAAGCAGAGGAGAUGAGCGCUCACCGACUCACAGAGCUCCCAGUCGAAUUUCAGAGGCGGAUGCACCUGGUUGUAGCCAUCACACCCCUAGUCGCAGACGUUCAAGUGUUGAAGGGGACCCUGGCCGCAGACGUCCCAGUUAUGACGAAGGCGAUCACCUACCGACUCACAGAACUCCCACUCGGUAUUCAGAAGAGGAUAUACCUGUUUGCAGCUAUCGCAGAGAUAGUCCUGGCAUCCCUGCUUCUCUGCGGUUUGAGGACCCUCCAUGGUCACCAACUGUCAUCAGGAUCGAGCAACCAGAGCGAACACAUCCUGAAAUACACACCGGCCGGUCCAUGAUCAUGACUCCGGAAGAACGCCCAUUUUCACCAGAACGACGUCCGAUGAGCCCCACUAGUGAGCUUCGACAACAACUACGUCAUUCCCCUCAUGCAUACAUUCCAACUGUCCGUUCCUCACAUCCAAUACCUUCUGUAAGGGACGCAGGAGGUCAUGAUCCUCAUGUACACUUUGACCCAACGACUACCAGAUUUGAUGAAGUCCAUAAUCGACUGCACGAACGACUGGAUGAAGUAGAACGUAAACUCAACCAGGUCGUCCAAGGCGCUGAUGGAGCUGAAGACUGUCGUGAAGCAGAGUUCCGAAACAGUGAAGAACACAGAGAGCAAAUCUUCCUCCAGAACGAACAACGUCGUGAUGAUGAGGCAAGACAGCGCGGUGAUGAACUAUUUGCUGAACUGGAAGAAAGAGCGCGCAGUGUACCUUCUCUACCGUUCCCUCCUCCCGGAUCAGAGGAUAAUGCUUCCAUCGUCGAAUCAAUUCACGCAGCUUCUCAUGAGGCGGCUUCUCGCGACGUCGGUGACAUUUUGGAGACGGUUCAACUUGAGCGCGAGCAGUCUGCUCGCGAAAGGGAGCCUUUUGCAUCCGAGAAGGGGCGGGAACGUGCUGAAUUUGCCGCCGAGCGUGCUCGCAUGGAUGAAGAGCGCGAUCGAAGGGUUCAUGACCUGGAGGAAGAGCUUGCACGCGUUCGUGGGGAGCUUGAUAGCGAAAGGCAGCUACGACAGACUGAGAACGAGGAGCGAGCGGCUGCUAAUGAACGCAUGGACGCGCAAUUGAGUGACAUCACACAGUUAGUUUCGGAGCAAUGCGACGAGUGCACCAGGAAGAGGGAGCUUAUGGAUCAGCGAUGGGAAGAAAAGCAGGGCGGCACAAUAUAGAUUACAAUCUCGCGCAAUGUUAACGAGGUACCAGCCUAGUUG